AUAUAAUUUCGAUGAAUAAAAAAGAAAUAAAAUCGAAAAACCAAAUGUAUCCUAAUUUAAAAAAAAAUUCGAUGUUACGUCUCGUUCACCAAAAUGAUUCCAUCUGAUUAUUUUUCUUACACCUGCCUUUAUGAAUUUUUCACAAACACACAUAAACAUAUAAUAUAUACACAUAAGAGGUAAAAGUAAGUACUCGAAUACAGUAGGCUCUCUCUUUCUGUCGACGCCAAUGUACCACAGCGAUGUACGUUGUUGAAUUUUUCGGAGAACGGGUUCACAAUAGCGGCGCAACGAGCAGAAAGUUGGUGAGUCAGCUUCCAUUUUUCCCUCUCUUCUCUUUUCCUCAUCCUCCAUAUAUUCCCUUCUCUUUCUUUCUUUCUCAUAUACACAACAUACAUGCACGCACACACACAAAUGCACAUUCUCAUUGGUAACCGGCUUAUCCUGUCCUUGUUUUUCUCUUUUGGCCGAUGUUUCUCCCUCUUACAGGUAACCGGCUUCUUCUUGUCUUCUUCUAUCUUUCACAACUCAACUGAAAAUCCUUCCUUUCUUUCUCACUCCAACAUACACACAUACACACACAUUUAUAAAACUACUUCUCUCUCUCUUUUUAUCCUGUUCUUUCAUAUUUCACAAGAGCUACACUCUAUAACUCUGGUGAACAACGAUCACUAGCAUGCGAUUUUAUCGGCGACCUGUCAGUUGCUGAUCGAGCUUACCUUUUGAACGUUCGAUCUCUGAGAUCCUUACUCUGUGUCAUCUUUGUUUUAUUAUAAUUUUGUCUUUCUUCAUUUUCUAUCAUCGUUCUUGGAUUUAUGUAAUAAUUAUCAUCCGAGAAGAAGAUUGAUUGUGAGGAGUAAUUCCUCUUAUUUAAUUGAAGAAGAAAAGAGGAAAUAAUAUUUGAAAACAUGUCGGAGUAUUGCGAAUAUAUGUGGGCACCGAGUGGUCACGCAAGUACAACGCUUUCUCGGAGCAUUUACCAAGAAGAUGUGAGGUUGGACAAGCGAGACAAAAAGCUGGCCAUUAAAUCGGUUCGAGCGAUCCUUCGUGAGAUGCCGGAUGUGGACUUGAAACAUUGUACGGACGAAUAUAUUACGCGUUUCCUGCUUGCCCGGAAGUAUAGAGCAGAACAAGCAGCUGCUUUGAUAGCUGCUUAUCAAGCUCAGAUAGCACAUCGGCAAGAUAUUUUUGGUAAUCUUACUGCUCGUGAUCCUGCUCUUCAACGUGCCUUACGUGCUGGUAUACCUGGUGUUUUACCUGCUCGCGAUAGGAAAGGUAGGUGCGUUUUGGUAAUAUUAGCUUCGCAAUGGGAUCCAAUCGCAGUGCCAGCGUUAUCAGUUCAACGAGCGAUUUUUUUAGUUUUAGAAAUUCUUAUCCAAGAUCCAAGAAAUCAACAAUCCGGUUUCGUAGCUGUGGUAGAUUGGAGUGGAUUUUCACUUAGGCAAGGCGGUGCAUUAGGUGCCGCAGCUCUAAGAAACUUAAUAGCUGCGCUUCGUGGUCGAUUUCCGGCUAGAUUCAAGGCCAUACACUUCCUUUCAGCUCCUUUAUACGUUCAAGCAACUCUGGCUCUUGUUAAACCUUUCCUGGAUGAAAAAACACGUAAUAAAAUAUAUUUACAUGGAAAUAAUCUCAGUACACUACACGAACAUUUGCCAACGGAUAUUUUACCUGCCGAAUUAGGUGGCACAGGACCAUCUUUUAAUCCUGGUCUUUGGGCGGAACCAGUUAUUCAUUCGGCUAUGAAAGAAGCUGAAUUGGCUGCUCUGAAAAAGGAAAAGGAUGAAAGAAACGACAAUGCUUCCGAAAGACUCUCCAAUUCACCCGAAAAGGACGACAAGGUAAUCGAAUCUAGGAAUGUCGAAAAUUACAAAAGAAACGAGCCACUUUUCGAAGGACGCAAACAGGAGAAGGAAAGUUUCAAGAGUUUUGGAAAAUCUUAUAGAAAUAAUGGUGACAAUAAGAGCGUUGAAUUAAGUUUGAUUAGGACAACGAGCUCGUUUGAUUCUAAAAAUGUAAACAAAAUAGAAGAACAAAAGGAUAGAACACGUCUAAUUGAAAUUUCGGAAAGUAAAAAUGGUAACGAAGCUAAAAAAAUCAAUGGUUUGGAUAACAGAAUGGAUCAUUUGAGAGAGGUCGAUGAUUUAGCGUUACUCGAGCUACAAUCUGAAACGAAUUCGAACGAAUUCGAGAUGAUACCAAGUAGGCCUGGCAGCGAAGAUAGCAAGGACAAUUCGUUGGACAAUAGAUCGGAAAAGAUUCUCAUGAGAACUGGAAAAAGUCAUACACCGACAGAGGAAAUGAAUCUUAUUACGUAAAAUUGAUCUUUUUAUUACUCUCUUCUCUCUCUCUUUCUCUCUCAUUCUCUCUAUGUCGAUAUUAGAUAUUUUUUCAAAGUAAUCGAUAAAUAUUCUCUAAAUGUUAGCCCUUUUGUUACGACAUGUAUCGACACGAGUAUCGUUCCAUAUAAAUUUUCUAUCGUUACAUUUUAAGACCCCUAUAUGGGUCGGGGACUGAUGACUCGUAUAUGAGUCGCUAGGAACUAAAGGGUUAAAUAUUAUAUACAAUGUAGUUUUUUUACGCGUCAACAUUUUUAAGUGAUAUAUACAGAAUAUGGUUGGAGAAAUAAAAAAGAUAUUACUUUAAGUAUAUUCGCUGAUACUUUGAUGAUGCAGUUGUCGAUGAACUACUGUGAUGAAAGUAAAAGUAUUUUUUUCUUUUUUUUUAUAUUUAUAAAUCGUAUUAAAUGUACUUAUUAUCCUUGUUUUUACGUGGACUAGUAUAUCGUAGGUUUUAAAAAUAUUAUUUUUAUGUUAGACAAAGUAUUGGACAUUUCUUCUCAUGUUUUUUUUUUUUUUUUAAAUAUUUAUCAUACUAAUAGAGCAAAUAUUUACUCGUACGACAAGAACUGAUAUAUAUAUACAUAUAUUACAUAUAUAAUGCUUCUUUUAUGUAUGCUUGUAACGAGGCUACAUUUUUUCUUUAAAAAUUUAUAGCCAAAUCGAAGCUGAAGCUGAUAUAGUUGUUUGUUUUUUUUCUCAAAUGAAGUUCCUGUAUAUCUUAUUAAUAAUAAUUUUGUUUUGUUUUUGACGCUUAUUUAAAUUGCUUUAAAUAUAGGUUCAAAUGCAUAAACUCAUACAUCGAUGAAAUAUUUUUAAAAACACAUUAAUUAAAAAUCAUGUGCAAAAUACGUCCAUUAAAUUCAGAAAUUGUAUUCGUUGUACUUGUAAAUAUGUAAUAAAUUAUUUAUUCUACUGAAAUAUUGAUCGCAGAAUUUCAAAUACUUCGAGUAUUUAUUUACGAAUUAUACGAUUUUUAGAAUAUAUUUGUGACGAUUAUAGCGAUGGUAAUGAUGAUUAUGAUAAAAUUGAAAGAACAAUAUAUGUUCGAACAAAAUCAAACAUGUAGGUUUCUUCUUUUAAUUUAAAUGAUAAAAUUUCCUAUGGAAAUGAUCUAAGUAUUAUAAUAAAUGAGAAUCUAACUUGUUGAUGGAAUAAUAGAGUAAAAAUUUAUUAUUUUACAGUACAAUAAAAUAUAUUUAUAUAUAUAUAUAUAUAUUACGACGUAUUAACAUCAAUAGAUGAUUUUAAAUAACAUUGGGCUUAUAAUUUGAUCGCAUUACCAAAAAGUAUCUCUCUUCCUUCUUCUAUUAAA